UUUUUUGUGAAUCUGAUGAAAAUUAGCUUUUAUAAAACAUUAGAUUAGAAAUACAGAAAAUUUAAUUAUUGUAACCGAGUCAGCCUAUUAUUAUACAUGGCGCUAUAGCAUUUCUACGUAUUGAUAUCGAAUCACAUUUCAUUACAAUAAUGCUACGUAUAAUUCUUAGGUGAUUGUGAUUGGUUGUGGCUCGCUGGUGACAGUACACUAGAUUCCAUCCAGUGGUUAGGCUUUUGUCCUACUUGUUAUCAAUCUUCGUAAAUAAUUCGACCUAAUUUAAACAAAUGUAGUUGUUCCUAGUGAAAUCUUCAUUUGUUUUGAUAAAAAUAGUUAAGCCUAGCAUGAAUAAAGAUGCCUGGAAUAAGAAAAUAUCGACGUGAUACCAGCGAAGUCAGCUGUUGUUUGAAAUAUGUUAUAUUUGGUGUUAAUGUGCUAUUCUGGUUUAUGGGUCUCAUAGUAUUAGCAGUUGGUAUAUGGGCAUGGAUGGAAAAAGAUACAUUUAACAAUCUCUCAAGAUUAACAAAUAUAGCGCUAGACCCAGCGUUUAUACUUAUAUGUGUUGGUACAAUAACCUUUAUUAUUGGCUUUACGGGUUGUGUUGGUGCCUUACGUGAGAACACAUGCCUUUUAGCUUGUUAUGCAGUAUUUUUAGCUUUAUUGUUAUUAGCUGAAAUGACUACUGGAAUUUUAUUUUUCGUGUUUAAAGAUUGGAUCAAACAACAAGCUACCAGUGGAUUCCAAUCGUUUAUAACACAUUAUAGAGAGGAUCCUGACCAACAGAAUCUAAUUGAUUGGAUACAAGGAGAAUGGCUCCAAUGCUGUGGUGUAGAGGGUCCCCGGGAUUGGGACCGUAAUGCAUACUUCAAUUGCUCGAGCGGAGCUGUGGGCUCGCGCGAGGCUUGCGGCGUGCCCUUCAGCUGUUGUCGGAGUAAGCCUCAGGAUAUCAUCAUUAAGAAUAAACAGUGCGGUUAUGAUGUGAGAAAGCCUACUUAUCAUGUAAGCGAGCACGUGAUAUACGAGCGCGGUUGCCUGGUGGCGGGCGAAGACUGGCUGCUCCGACACUUCGCAGUCGUCGCCGCGGCUGUUGUCACCCCUCUUGCCAUUAAGAGUUUUGACAUUGCUAAAAUAAUAUAUGACAAAGGCUGCUUAGAGGCUGCGGAGGAGUGGUUUGACCGCAACCUUUUGAUUGUAGCCACUUCCGCUGUUUGUACCGCUUUUGCACAAAUUUUGGGCAUUUGCUUCGCUCAGAAUCUCCGAGCUGACAUAUUCGCGCAGAAAGCGAAAUGGCACUGACAUUCGGCCUCUCCUGCUGCCGUGUGACGCGCGCCGCGACACAGCGACCCCUACCGGCUGCUCUACGCAGGACCCUUGUGACUUACCGACACAUCGAUAAUCGAUAUCGAAUACAUCGAUUGUCGAUAUCGGUUAUAUCGAUACUUGAGUGAUGUGACCGCAUUAAACACCAAUCGAAUACAAUAAAAGUUAUGAACUGUUAAAUAUUUAUAGUGCUGCGAAAUGUUGAUAUCGAUAUUUGUAAUUGAUUUAAGCUUGCAUAGUUGAUGCUAAAAUUAUAUAUAUUGUAGUAUAUAGUAUAUUAUAUAUUAGAUAUAUAUAACUCAAGAUUUAUGAAAACUAGUGAUGUUGAUACUAAAAGCUUGUUCCUUUAUUGCAAACUAUUAUUUAAAUUAUAUAUGCAACUAGUAAUACUCAAGUUCCUUACAAAUAUUUGAUUAGCAAUGGAUUUAACUGUAAACUUUCCUUUCCUAUGGCAUUCAAAUCUACAAACAACUUUAUUCUCUUUUACUAUCAAAUGUUAUGAGUGUUGUUGUUUUGUAAAAGAAUUUAUCGAUGUUAGUGUUCUGUUCUGUUUCUUGUUUAUGGCUAUCCCUCAUCGGAUUGGGCCAAUGUCACCGAUGUCUCGAUGUUAGUGUAUUGUGUUAUUAAAUUAAAAUCAAUUAUCGCACAAAAUUAAUUAAAAUUACAUGAAUAAUGAUUAUACAGACUGCUAUUUGUUAUGUAAUAAACAUUUCAUCCAUUGUUUUUAUGAAAAUA